AUGGAAAUCAACAAUAAUGGAGGAGAUCAGCAGAAACCGGUUGAAACGACGACGGAUCAAGUGAAGAAAGUAGAUUUGAACGACUGGCUUCCGAUUACGCAAUCCAGAAAGGGAAACUGGUGGUACUCUGCUUUUCACAAUGUCACCGCCAUGGUCGGCGCUGGAGUUCUUGGUCUCCCUUACGCCAUGUCGCAACUCGGCUGGGGACCAGGAGUGGCGGUGAUAGUACUAUCUUGGAUAAUAACAUUAUACACGCUAUGGCAAAUGGUGGAGAUGCAUGAGGUGGUACCGGGAAAGAGGUUCGACAGGUACCACGAACUUGGACAACACGCGUUUGGGGAAAAACUGGGUCUAUGGCUGGUGGUGCCGCAACAACUAAUGGUGGAAAUUGGUGUCAACAUUGUAUACAUGAUCACUGGCGGAAACUCUUUGAAGAAGAUCCACGACUUGGCUUGCCAUGGCUGCAAGCCCAUCAAAACCACUUAUUUCAUCAUGAUCUUCGCUUCAGUCCACUUCUUUCUUCCCCAUCUCCCUAGCUUUAACUCCAUCACUCUCGUCUCCCUUGCUGCUGCUAUAAUGUCAUUGAGUUAUUCAACUAUAGCAUGGGUAGCUUCAGCUCACAAGGGUGUGCUACCAGAUGUGAGCUAUGGGCACAGAGCCUCAACAACAACAGGCAAUGUCUUCAACUUCUUGUCAGCCUUGGGAGAUGUGGCUUUUGCAUUUGCAGGCCAUAACGUGGUGCUUGAGAUUCAAGCCACCAUCCCUUCCACACCGGACCGCCCAUCCAAGAAGCCCAUGUGGAAAGGCGUGGUGGUUGCUUAUUUGGUGGUGGCACUCUGCUAUUUCCCCGUGGCGUUGGUCGGCUACUUGGUGUUUGGUGACUCUGUUCAGGACAACAUCCUUAUCUCCCUCAACCGACCUACAUGGCUCAUCAUUGCUGCUAACUUGUUCGUUGUCAUUCAUGUCAUUGGUAGCUACCAAAUCUUUGCUAUGCCUGUUUUUGAUAUGUUGGAGUCUUUCUUGGUUAAGAAAAUAAAAUUUGAGCCUUCUCGUGCCCUUCGUUUCAUUACUCGAACUACUUAUGUUGCACUUACUAUGUUCAUUGCUAUGACGUUCCCUUUCUUUGGUGGACUUCUCAGUUUCUUUGGAGGCUUUGCAUUUGCUCCCACGACAUACUAUUUGCCUUGCAUUAUGUGGCUUGCCAUAAAAAAGCCAAAACGUUAUAGCCUUUCUUGGUUUAUUAAUUGGAUAUGCAUAAUUAUUGGAGUGUUAUUGAUGGUGCUGGCCCCUAUUGGAGCACUAAGGAAUAUCAUUCUUCAAGCCAAGACCUUCAAAUUCUACUCUUGA